AUGAAGGUGCCUUUCGUUUUGCUGGCCUCCCUGUGUGCCAACAGUGCCCUCACUACGGCUCUCCCCGCCGAUCAAGUCUCCGCCGACAAGGCCAUCCUCCUCCUCGGUGACGGCACCACCAAGGCUGUUGAGAAAAAGGACCUUGCAUCUCAUCUCAACGGCAUCUCGCUCGAGCCCCCGACCGACAACCUCCCCCGGUCCUUCAAGUCCGAAGGCUUCACCGGUCUCCAGAAGCGCGGCGAUGCCCAGUUCAUCAUCCCUCUCCCCGAUCAGGAAUUCCUAGGCUGGGACAUCGCCAUGUCCCCCAUCACCCACGCCAACGGCGCCCCCGCAACUGUCGCCAUUGCCGCCGGUCAGAGCAUUGCCAACAGUAUCUCCGUCGGUGCCUCUUUCACUGCUACCGUCGAGAAGUGGCUCCAGAUUGGCGCCAGCGUUAACUACCAAGAUACUGUUACCAACACGCUUACCGGUACGGCUACCAUGACGAUCCCCAUAAACAAGUGGGGUGCUAUUGUUAGCAACCCCUUGACCCACCGCCGCAGAGGCUAUGUUUUCAGCGGUGCUCCUGGCAAGGCUCAGUACGAGUACUUCCAGGCCGACUCGUUCGACCGCAAGAGUGUCUCUUACCAGCAGGCCAAACUCGACUGGGUGCAGGGUGUGAUCACCACUUGCCUGGGUGACGGCUACCCUCUGAAGAUGUGCAAUGGACAGGGUGAGCUGAAAUAG